GGUGACUUUGUACAUGUGUUGGUCACGACGCGCCAACGUGAUAUGUUCAGGCAAAUAGCCGAAGUUAUCGAGCUUCCACCACUCUCAGAUGACGAAGCGAUACAGCUCUUUCAACUGCAAAGAGGCUCCUCACCUGGUGAAUACGUGCCUGCACCUCCGAAUCUCAUAACUCGCCUCGGAGGGUUACCUCUGCUCAUCACACAAAUGGCAGCCUUGUUGAAACGUCGUCAAAAACAGAAUGAGGAUAUGACAACUUUGCUAUCCAUCUAUGAGACCGACACAAAAGAAAUUCUUCAAUUUCAGCCACGUUUCUUCUGGGCUUAUCGAUCUUCGGCAUACGCAACAUUCGACGAGACUAUGCAGGCGAUAUGUCGUUCCUAUGAUCGACAAGAGCCACUUGUCAGUAACUUCCUUACACUUUUGGCAUUCUUCGAUUCGUCUACGCCUCUGAACCAAUCAUUGUUUCGUAGGCACUGGGAAUCGAACACCGACCGGUCGGGCUGGAUGUCAUUAUUCACCAGAAUGGAUCGUGGUUCUAAACCCUCGUGGGAUGGUGACCGAUUUUGGCGGUUAUUAUCAAUAGCCUACAACUCGUUCUUGUUGGACACGUUGUCCUACCAGGCAGCAACUUUCUCCGUACACCGCGUUAUGAGAGAUUGGCUGAAGCUUCGAAUCGCGCCCGCCGAUCGUCCAAGAUACACCCAAGACAGAGACUCAAUCCUGACGCCUAUUAUUGGGGGCUAG